UGAAAUGAAAACGAUUUUGGUUACUAAUUCAGAUAAAUCAUAUAAGCCUCUUCAUCCUCCUCUGCUCUGUUUCAGUCAGGUCUUUCUGGGACCCCAGGUUUUGUCUUUCUCCAACCGCCAUUCAAACCUUCUGAAAUCCCGGAUAACCCAAACAAAACGACGUUGUUUUAUAUCCUUCUUCUUCUUCUUCUUCUUUAAUACUGUUCCUAACCAAUAACUAUUUCUUUCGUUAUGAAUUUUUUUCAAUGAAAUAUACUAAAAAAAUAAAUAUAUUUCUUUGUUGGAUGAGAUCGUGCCAGCCACCUUAAGAUAGCCAAAAAAAAAACCAAGGAUUUCAUAAUAUUUAUAAGAACGAUUCAGUUUCGAACCCUUUAUCUCAUUCCUCAUUCAUCUUUUCAUGAAUCUCUGAUUUUCUGGGUUUUCUUUUUCUUUCUUGUGGUGGGGUGAGGAAGAAAUGGCGGCCAAAAUUGGGUCGUUUAGGCAUAGUUUUGCCGAGAAAAGCAAAGAAAGACUACUCUCUAAAAAGGGUUACUCAGACUUUGGCGCUUACAGCAUCAACGUUCGCGACGAAGGUGUCAAGUGCGGGUGCUUUCGAUUCAUGUCCGAUGGAAUUGCCAAUUUUUGGAGUUACUUACACAACAUGUUUCUUCAAUUGUAUGAAAUGGGUCGCUCUGAUCCUCGCAAAGUCGUCUUCGCUACUAAGAUGGGCUUAUCAUUAUCAUUAGUGUCUCUGCUUAUCUUUUUCAGAGAGCCCCUUAAGAACGCUGGUCAAUACUCCAUCUGGGCAAUCCUUACAGUCGUCGUUGUAUUCGAAUUCAGCGUAGGGGCAACUCUGAGCAAAGGAUUUAAUCGUGCUUUGGGAACAUUUUCGGCUGGAGGGCUUGCUUUGGGUAUUGCAGAAGUGUCUGUGUUAGCAGGGAGAUUCGAGGAAGUUAUCAUAGUAAUCAGUAUUUUUAUAGCUGGAUUUUGUGCUAGCUAUGUCAAACUGUACCCAACAAUGAAAACUUACGAAUAUGGGUUUCGUGUGUUCUUGUUGACAUACUGUAUCGUCUUGGUUUCUGGGAGUAAAUCUUUUUUCCAAACGGCAUUUUAUCGAUUACUGCUUAUUGCAGUAGGUGCGGGUAUAUGUUUGGUUGUAAAUAUAUUUAUAUACCCCAUUUGGUCAGGGGAGGAUCUACACAAGUUGGUGGUGAAAAAUUUUAAGGAAGUUGCUGGCUCUUUAGAAGGUUGUGUAAAAAGGUAUUUGGAGUGUCUUGAAUAUGAGAGGAUCCCUUCAAAAAUUCUUACAUACCAAGCUUCUGAUGAUCCAUUAUACAGCGGCUAUAGAACGGCUGUUCAGUCUUCAAGCCGAGAGGAAUCUCUGUUGGACUUUGCGAUAUGGGAGCCGCCCCAUGGCCCUUAUAAGACUUUCAACUAUCCAUGGUCAAGCUAUGUCAAAGUCAGUGGUGCACUAAGGCAUUGUGCAUUCAUGGUCAUGGCAAUGCAUGGAUGUAUACUUUCAGAAAUUCAGGCACCAGCAGAAAAGAGACAGGUUUUCCGAAGCGAGCUUCAGAGGGUUGGUACUGCAGGAGCAAAAGUGUUACGCGAGCUUGGGAGCAAAGUAGAAAAGAUGGAGAAAUUAAGUCCCAAGGACAUACUUUUUGAAGUUCAUGAAGCAGCAGAAAACUUACAAAUGAAGAUUGACCAAAACUCGUAUAUUCUUGUCAAUUAUGAAAGCUGGCAAGGAGAAAAACGGCCAAAGGAUUUUCCUGAUCCUGAGAGUUUCAUCGAUCCUAGGGAGAAUGAAAAUGCAAAUUUGGUGAUAACAUCACUCAGCGAAACCUGGGAUGCCCAGAAUUCGAUCAUGGACAUUGAUCAUUCCAUCUCAGAGAUGUCCACAGAUAAUAUGAAAAAACCCAUAUCAUGGCCACAUCUUUCAUUCAAUGCCAGUAUUAUGAUUAAUGAACACGAGUCAAAAGUGUAUGAAAGUGCCAGUUCCUUGUCUUUAGCAACAUUUGCUUCGCUUCUAAUUGAGUUUGUUGCAAGGCUUCAAAAUCUUGUGGAUGAAUUUGAAGAGCUCAGUGAGAAAGCUAACUUUAAGGAUCCCUUGGAACAAUCAGAUCCAAAAGAGGUUUCUGGGUUUUGGACUAGACUUUUAGGGUGCCUGCCAUUCAUGAGUCGAAAACCAGAUUCAGUUAACUCAACAAUUUGAGUUUGAUUCUAUGUUUGGACAUUCAUCACCAGUUAGUAAAGUUGAUAUACUAGCUUGCUGUUUGGUUAUUUUUGUAUUUAAGUAGAUGUAUACAAGCAACUGAAGGAUGAGCCUAGCCACUGGGGAGGAUGUGGGGAUCUUUCUUCAGUUUUUUUUUUUCUUAUGAUUCUGAGGAAAUCCAAGAGCCCCCAGAGGCAUAAUUAUUUUAAAUGCCAAGAUGGUGGAAUAAAAUCUCAUGUAGAGUAAAUGAGACUGCAAUGAAGACCCAAGAGGAUAAUCUUCUUGGGAAUUUCAUUUACAAGAUUGAUUUUUUUCUUGGAUAUGUUGAGUGAAAGAAAAUGUUCAGAGUGAAACAGCCAAGCAGGAAAAGUGUAAAUGUCUUUGAUGUUGUUGCUUUAUUUUUCCAACAAUUUCAGUUCUGGCAUAAGCUUAAACUUUUAGUGAUAAACUUGGUUGGAUUGCAUACAAUGUCACUCUUAAGUUUGCCAAAA